CGUCCUUCAAGGAAGUACAAUUGACAAUAAUUCAAUUUCCUCAUUAUACGAUUCACUAAAUCAUGUCAAAAUUAACUUUAAGUUAUUAUCGUCCAAAAUUCAGUAAACUGUUGCUUUCUGUGGACAGAUCGGUAAUUGGCUGCUAAACUAACUACAACAAACUACUUUCCCACACGGACUCUCAUGUUUAUUCUGUGGCGGUCCGCUGGCUCUAGUGCGCGUCUGUUUGCAGGUCUGUGACAUGAAAUUGUUUGGGAAGCCGUGCACUGAGCGACCAUGUGGGCGUGUUUCUCUCGGCCCAACAGUCUCCGCUCUUGUGUGGAGUCCAGAGCGCAAAACGCACUUCUUCUGGUGCGACCAGAGAGCGCAAAAGUAGCAGCUCUCCGACCCUGACGCGCACACCACCUCUCCGGCUCCGGCGGCUCCCCUCGAAUCCAACUUCUACUGAGCGGGGAGGAGAAAAAAAAGCACAGAGUUUCUUAACAACUCCCGGUUACUCUACCAGCCAUGGACGCAUCACGAGUGGUAACGCUAUAUCUGGGCCUGCUCCUUGUUUUCCUUGGGAAUAUACCGUGUUUCCAGUCUGCUGCUAUCAUCUCUCCCUCUGCGCCGAGGAGGAACAGGGGAGCCAGGAUCCCUCAUCAGGACGGACAGAGGUCACCCAAAUUCUUUAAAGACAUCUUCGCGUCUUCGCAUCCUAUCGCGGGCCACCACAAAGAAGACCUAAAGGACGCUGUUGUGCCGCACGAAUACAUGCUCUCCAUAUACAGGACAUACUCGGCUGCAGAGAAGCUCGGACUAAACGCGAGCUUUUUCCGCUCCUCUAAAUCUGCCAACACCAUAACAAGUUUUGUGGACAGAGGGACAGACGAUCUUUUGCACUCUCCUCUGCGAAGACAAAAGUAUCUGUUUGAUGUCUCAACCCUUUCAGACAAAGAGGAGCUGGUCGGGGCGGAAUUAAGGAUAUUCAGGAGAGCGCCCGGGGACUCGCAGACUUCCCUGCAGACGACGGGCCUCUACGACGUCCAGCUCUACCCCUGCCGCUCGGACAGGCUGCUGGACUCCAGGUCUCUGGACCCGCUGGACUCCACUAAAGCCGGCUGGGAGGUUUUGGACGUGUGGGAAAUGUUUAAAGCACACCAGCAUCAUUAUCACCACCCUCAUCAUCACCAGCACCACCAUCAUCACUAUCAGCAGGGGAGCCAGCUCUGCUUCCAGCUCAGGGUCACUCUCGGCAAAUCAGACACCGAGGUGGACCUGAGGCAGCUGGGGCUGGACAGGAGCGGCCGGUCUCAGCAGGAGAAGGCCAUCCUGGUGGCCUACACCCGUUCCAAGAAGAGGGAGAACCUGUUCAACGAGAUGAAGGAGAAGAUUAAGUCGCGGAGGUCGGUGGGCGAGAAGGAGGAAGGUGAAGGAAGGAAGGCGGUGAAGGGUGCAGCAGCGGAGGAGGAGGGGGCGUCGCUGAGGGGCGUCAAAGGAGAGGGGCCCCCCCGGCGCCGGCGGAGGACCGCGCUGAGCAACCGGCACGGGAAGAGGCACGGGAAGAAGUCGAAAUCCAGGUGCAGCAAAAAGGCGCUGCACGUGAAUUUCAAGGAGCUGGGCUGGGACGACUGGAUCAUCGCGCCCCUGGAUUACGAGGCGUACCACUGCGAGGGGGUGUGCGACUUCCCCCUGAGGUCGCACCUCGAGCCGACCAACCACGCCAUUAUACAGACGCUCAUGAACUCCAUGGACCCCAACAGCACCCCACCCAGCUGCUGCGUCCCCACCAAACUCAGCCCCAUCAGCAUCCUGUACAUAGACUCGGGCAAUAACGUGGUGUACAAACAGUAUGAGGACAUGGUGGUGGAGCAGUGCGGGUGCAGGUAGCGGCCAUUAUUUGUUAGAAUAGAAAAGAAAACAACACUUUAAAAGACAGAAAAAAAAUCAAAGAUAUGUCUCGAUGGGUCCCAAGUUUUGAAGAUGUAAAGUCCUCACAGGUCUGAAGUGCUGUGACGCACGACGCGCCUGGUCUUUAUUCAAAAAGGGAUGCACGCAAGAGGCGAUGUCUGCUAUUUAUUCAGACUCAGAACAGUCACGUUAAUUUACACUCUCUUCCUUAAAAGUGUUACGCACAUACAUUCCCAUCCAUGCAACAAGUCAUCACUCAUCAAACAGGCUUUUGUUUCUCAGAGUGAGACGUGUCCGUGUGGCACCGGGGGACUGGGUGCUUGGUGUGUGAUGUGACUGAAGGCGAGAUGGGAGCCUAUUGAGUCCCGACUGUGCACCUGUUCGUGCCGAGGCCAGAGGACAGUGGGCUUUGCCUGUUAGCGCUUUGUUGCAGCUCUGCCGUGUGAUGCUGCCAGGCCGGAUUCUUUUGGGUAUGUGCAUCCAGGCUGUAAUUGCCACUGUUCAGCUGGAGUCAUUACAGGCCCGAGCAAGUGCCUGUUUUCCAAAAAUUAAAAUAAAUAAAUAAAUGAAAAAAAGGUUAAAUAAUGAAUAGAUAAUGGGGGUGAAUGUCUAAUCUACCAAACACACACACACACACACACACACACACACACACACACACAGACUGGUCUGGUGAGAUAAGAUGGUGGUGGUGAUGCCUUCAAGAGAUUUUUUUUCCUUUUUUUUCUUAUUGGAGACCAGCUGAGAGGCGCAGGGGAGACGCGUCGUGCGCCUUUGCGGACAGAGAAAGGACACAAAACCAGACUUGUGCCUGAGUGGGGCCCUGUUGUUAAAAAAAAAAAAAGAAAAAAAAGCACACAUUACUGAGGCGAACUUUUUGCUCAAAAGUCUGCAUCUUUACGAAAUGCACUUCCCAAACUGACUGCGCCAAGGACACGCGGUCAGCGAGAAAGUUUGUCCUCUCUGAUGACGAAAAUAUAUAUAAAAAAAGAGACUCGCUGAGGAGACGAUAUUUAAAUGCACAUUAGCUUUGAAUGCACUGCUGUUCAUUUUUUUUUCUUUUUGAGCUGUAAAUAUUUGUACAGUCGAAAACUUUACAAAGUGCAACGAAUGAAGAAAUGAGAAAAAGGCAUUUCUUUGUAAAUAUACAAAAUGCACUCAAAUCGGUAUAAUUUCUAUUCUAUAAUUAUUUUAUUAUUUGUGAUGUACAGAGUUUCAUGAUAAUCAUAUAUUUCUUACAUUGAUAAGAGUAAUUUAAGGUGUAUUCGAUUUUUUUUUUGCAGAGGGUGGAAAAUACCAUUAUUAAUGUCUACCUCAUAAUUGCAUAUAGGAUCUGAGUUUUGAGGUGCAUUCAGUUAGAGUGUAAAGAGCUUUUACAAUGAUAUAUAAGAUCAUUUAUAUACAUAUAUUACUGGAUAAUAUUCCACACCAUUACUGUACAAAUAAAAUUCAAAACAAAGUC